UUUAGGUAUCUCAUCAUCCUCCAGUUUCUGCCUUCUAUGUCAGUAACAGGAAGGACGGAUUCUGUCUGAGUGGCAGCAUCCUGGCCAAAUCAAAGUUCUAUGGAAAUUCUCUGUCAGCUAUUUUGGAUGGAGAAGCAAGACUGACCUUCCUAAACCGAGGAGAAGAUUACAUCAUGAACAUGCCAUAUGCACACUGCAAAGGUAUCCUGUAUGGGACGAUGACGCUGGAGCUUGCAGGUCAGGUCACCAUCUCCUGUGAAAAAACAGGCUACAGUGCACAACUGGAGUUCAAACUGAAGCCGUUUCUUGGCAGUAGUGACAGUGUGAAUCAGAUCAGCGGGAAAAUUAAACUGGGGAAGGAAGUGCUGGCAACACUGGAGGGACACUGGGACAGUGAGAUCUUCAUGAAUGACAAAAAGUCAGCUGUGUUUGAGACGUUCUGGAACCCGACUCUGGAGCUCCGUCAGAGCCGCCUGACCCGCUGCACUGUCACUCCGGAGGAACAGGGGGACUUUGAGUCUGAGAGGCUGUGGCAGCAUGUGACUCGUGCUAUACUGAAUAAAGACCAGACGGAGGCAACCAAUGAAAAGUUUGUUUUAGAGGAAGCUCAGAGGAAGUGUGCACGAGAGAGGAAGCUGAAGAAUGAACAGUGGAAGCCGGUGCUAUUUGAACAGGAUCCCAGCGGUGGAGACUGGCACUACAGAUACGCAGACACUCGUCCAUGGGAUCCUCUGAAUGAUUUGGUGCAGUUUGAGAAAGAUGGCAGAGUUCAGACUAAAGUUCGUCACAGAACUCCUAUGGUACGUUCAGCCAGUGUAGUUAGUCUCAGUGCACAGGGCUGCCGGAGGGACAAUUACCUGAGCCAGGUAACUGGACCUAAGCGGAAACAUAAACAAAAUGAUAAACCCAAAAAUCCUGAGAGCGGCUGCUCAUCUCCAGAUCUGGAACAUUACGACUCUUCAGGCAGUGAGAGACAGAAGAGUAAACCAGGCAACCGUGGGAGGAAGAAAAUGUCAGAUCUGUGUGAGUUGCAGACUGCAGUGGAGUCCAUCAAACACACACAGGAUGACAUCUGCAGGAGUGUGAGCGCUCUGCGGAGUCGGGUGGAGGAUCAGAGCUUCUUUCUCACACAGAGAGAUUACAUCAUCAUUAUCUUCCUCAUCAGCCUGCAGCUCUGUCUCAGCCUCAUCCUCAAAUAGAGUGAUUUUUACACAAACCUCAAAUGUCCCUCUAAUUUCUCUAUCAGGUCCACAUUCCAUUCACAGUCAUUAGUGCAAUGAAGACAAGGGUCCACAUUUCAGAGCAGAGUGCUGAUUGGCCGGUUUAUACUGAGGUGAAAUGAAUGAUGGGAAAUGUAUUUCUCUGAGGUCCACUUCCGUACUCUCAGAUUUUUAGUCUUUUUUUAAUUUGUCUUUGUUUUUUGUUUUUUUUUACUUCUCUCUGUUCACACUGUGUGUGUGUGUGUGUGUGUGUGUGUGUGUGUGUGUGUGUGUGUGUGCUCAGAGUUGAGAUGGUCUAAUGUUUUUAAAAUGUCAGCGUGUUGUUUUUGACCAUUGACAGAAACACACAAUGUAUUUUUACAAAUUAACGUAAAUAAUGUGAUAAAUGUUCAUGUUAAUAUUUCAGUGAGUGGACUUUACAUUUCAUAUAAAGAUAAUAUUGAUAUAAAGAAAAUCUGUUUACACACAUGACAGUAGCUAUGUUAGCGUUUUAGCAUAAAGAUAACAGGAGUAUCUAGGGUUAGGGAGAAGGGUAUAGGGUUUAGUAUCAGCCCUGUCUUCAGACUUCCUGUUGUAGCAGAACUUCCUGUUGUAGCUCCGCCUCUUAUUUUUUAGGUUAGAUGUAAAUAUUUAAAGCCAAAUAGCCAAAUGAAUGAUAUUGUGUGUGUGUGUUCAAACACUUGAAUGUUACACACAUCGUUUUCACAUCCAGUUAAUGUGCCUUGAACGGCAGCGUUUCUUCAGAUGGUGGGGUUUCAGAUGAGGCAGCAACUGUUUAAUUUCCCUUCUCUGUAAUUUUGUUUUGUGUGUGUGUGUAUGUGUGUGUGUGUGUCUGCAUUUCACUUAAAUGUUUAUGUGAACGACUGAAUGACUUCCUGUAUGUUAAACAAACCUGAAUAAAGAUUAACAUAAACACGG